CAGACUGUGUGACAAAAGUUUGAGGCUUUUGUGUCUCCAUGUCCUUCUGGCGAUUUACAGAGCUCAGAGAGAAAAACAAUCUCACAGCGCUCUGCUGGCAUCUCGUCAAUCCUGGGAGUCAUGGUCACAGGUUCUCAGUCCGUGUAGAGCAGAAUAUGUCACUCUGCUGCUACAGAAUGAAGACAAAGGAGAGGAAGGAAAGGACUUUGAGACAACAGAGCAGAGAACAGAGCUACGGCUACUUGUGCUGACUCAGGAAAAGGAGAGGAAGCAUCUGCUCACGUUGCUGCACAGGAUCUCCCUAGAGGAUUUACAAGAGGCAGGCUGCGCAAUACCUCCAAAAGAUAAUGGUGGCUUUGAUGCUGACCAAAUCUCCUUGAGGGCUGGAUGUAUAAAAAGACUAAAACAAAUCCAUGCUCAGCUCCAGACACAGAAUGGAAGCGAGAACAACUCAAAGCAAACCAGCAUUCAGAUGGACAUGCAGGGAAAAUGGUCACAAUCUCUGCUGGAGGACUGCAACCUGCUCCUUCUGAUGCAUCUGAUGGAGCUUCAGGAGGACCAAGCUUUAGCAUUGCUGCAAGUGCUCCUACAUCGGGAUUCACAGGCAGCCCAAGCUCUGAGAGAAAAAUAUGAAGCUGAAUUACAAACCCAACGCUUCCCCAACCUGCUCCAUCUCCUGAUGGCAGAUGAUCCUCUAAUCCCUGGCUCUAUGUUGGCUAAAAACAUCAACAAUGAGCAGGUCACACCUGAAUCAUCCUGCACAGGAGAAGUUGAAAACAUGUAUGCAGAAUCAGUUCCCACUACAACUACUGACUUAACUAAUGAACCCAGCAGGGAAAGUGUAGACGUCCCAACUGCUGGAGGUUCUGCUAAACAGGAAGUCUGCUCAGGUUGUGGGGCGAUUAUGGAGGAGCUACCCUAUUUGGAGAUCCUGUAUGUGCCUGAUGCACAGGCCAAUGCUCCAACUCCAGAGGCUGGAGCAGGUAGGGAAGAAGAAAUAAACACCAACCUUGAGUGUUUUGAUAAACAGGGAUCCCUGAUCCCCCUUGCUUGGAGCAAACCUCCUGAGGAUGAUGCAGACCAUAAGGCAGGGGAGGGAGAUGGAGAAGCUGAAAAGUAUCAGGACACCCUGAGCAGUCUAGGAACCCACGGCCAGUCCACACAAUGUGAAGAGGUGGUUCAGAAGAGAGACAGCAAAGAGGUGGACACUCUGGCUCAGUAUGAUGCACAGUUUGCAGAUCAGCAGUUGAAGAAAGUAGAGAAUCCAAUCCCAGACCAACCAAGUGAAGGAGAAGCUGAAACUGAAAUUGAUCCACGCUCACUUGCAGAAAACCUGCUGGAGGUACAGCCGCGUGUUUCUAGGGAUUCCUUCGGCUGUAUUGCUGAUGGAGCAUCUGGUCACACAGUCAGCACCAGCAGAGAGAUGACCGAGUCUGAACUCUGGGACAUCAGAGGGUCAGAACUCUCUGAUAAUGAGGAAAUGAUUCAUUCUCAAGAAUCAACACAGAUAGCAUCCAGUCUCUCUGGAAGAACCCCAAUGUUGGAAACGGAUCAAUUGGAACGGAAAGAGCUGAUGAGAGAUCAAGUGUCAGCAGUGGAAAGAGAGAGAACUAUGCGCAGCUUGGUGGACAUGCAAAGAAAGUUUGAACAGAAACACCAAAGAGACAAAGAGAGACAGAUGUUUAGGGUUCAGGAGCGUCUCUCCAUCAUCCUCAACAGAAAAGCAGAAGAAGACUUGCUUGGUCUUAAACACACAGACAGGCUAAAGCAUCUCACGGAAGAUCUACCGCUGGAGGACAAGACUCAGCAGAAGACUGUUGUUAAAGAGCGACUGGAGCAACUCAGAAGAGAGCGCUCCUAUAUCAUGCAGUCAAAAAGAGACAGGAAUACGACGGGAUUUAAGGAACUUCUAGCUCCUGUUGCUCUGAACAACAAUGAGACGGAAGAUGAAGCAAUCUGAGAUACAGGUGGUUUAAGUUGUUUGGUCCUAUUGUCAUCACUGUUAAUGCAAAGUAUUAAAUAAAUAUU